AAAGAAGUAGAAACAAACGAAGAACACAAUGCACUUUGCGUCAGUUUCUUUGCCAUUUAACUCGUGCAAUGCCAUGGCGUGAACGUAGUUAGGCGGGAACACUAAUUGAGGUGUUAUUCGCUUACUGUCUCUUAUUUCAUUUCUGAAUAAUUUCUAACCAACCUCUCAGAAUAUUUUGAAGACAUUUCCAAUUUGUUCCUGCAGUUACUACAGGAUAUUCACGAUGACAACGUACGGUGAUGUGCACCGUCGAUUUCUUCAAUCUUUCGUGUAUCAUCCUAUUAACACAGAGGCAGAAGCUCUUGAAGCCUAUCGUCUUACUUGUGAAGAGCAAG